GAUGUUGGCGAAUUUCUCUUUCAAGCUGACCAAGAGGACAAUCACAAUCACAAUCGGAAUAUGAUAGGGUGAAUCACGAAUACACGAAUCGCACGACUCCCUCCGCCUCGUCUUUGCAGUCAAGAGUCACGAGUCCUCUGCGCGUUUUCCCCCCAACGCUCCUCUCGUGACUCACGACUCGUAUCGUUGGCCUACCUAGACUCGCAACGGCUACUUUUGCACUCACAAUCACAAUCACAUUGUCAUGGCGGUUUCGCCUGGCCUGGCCGGCAGCAAGCACCAGGUGCCAAGCAUGCCCUCCUCUUGCGAUGCCGCUAUGGCUUGCAAAGAUCCGGUGGUCAUUGUCAGUACGGGCUACCGAUUGCCUGGUGGCAUCGACAACGACGAAGACCUUUGGAAAGCGCUACUUGCACCUCGCGCCACUGCCAACAAGCUGCUCACCACCCCGCCUGCGAAUCGGUGGCCUGCCCCUGAUGCGGUCGCUCCCCAUCACAGUAAUGCUCGCACUCUUGUAGAUCUCAUGCAAUCCUCCUUGUUGCAAGAAUCAACCCCUCGCGGUGGUUGGAUCGUGGAUGGCGUCCACUCCUUUGACCCGACAGCUUUCGGUAUCCCUGUGAGGGAAGCACCCAAAGUGAGACCAUCUGCGCGCCUUCUCCUCGAGUGUGCGCGCGAUGCCAUUUAUCGUGCCGGUCUGGCCACAUCUAGCUUUCGCGCUUCCUCGACAGGCGUAUAUGUUGGCACUAAGCCCGAGGAUAAUUGGAAUGAUUUGCUCAACGCUUCCAAUGCUCCGAUCACGGAGGUCAACGACCGCUUCAUUGCUGGCGCUACCAGCUUCGGCACUGCUUCGGCUCGUCUGAGCUCUUGGCUCGGAUGCGAAGGUCCAUGCAUGACCAUCGACACCGCCUGUUCCAGCAGCACCGUCGCUCUCCACCUCGCCACUCAAUCGCUGCUUACGGGAGAGAGCGAACAGUGCCUUGUUGGCGGAGUCACAGUUCAUGCUCACCCGUCCAGCUUUCAUGCUCUCUCCGCCUCGCGCAUGCGAUCCACAUCCAACCAAAAUGUUGGGUGCGAGGUCUUUGCCGACUCAGCGUGCGGCUACGUCCCCUCCGAAGGCGCUGUCGUCAUGCUCCUCAUGCGCGAGAGCGCCGCGUUGCGUCGCAACCUGCCUAUUGCAGCCAGAUUGAUGGGCACUGCGACGAAACACUUGGGGCACUCCUCUGCUGGCUUCCUCGCACCGAAUGCGCAGGCCGAGGCUGACGUCAUGCGACUCGCCCUUCGAGCGGCGAACAUGGAUGCGGAGGAUGUCGAUGUCCUCGAGCUGCACGGAACGGGCACGCAAGUUGGUGAUGUGACCGAAGCUUCGGCCAUUCAGCAGGUGUUCGAUUCUGAUUCUGCUUCGUCUGACUCGGACUCGCGGCAAGCAUCGACGCGCAUCACCGUCACCUCCCUCAAGACCGCUUUGGGGCACACGGAAGAGGUCUCUGGACUGGUCGGCAUCAUCAAAAUGCUGAUUUGCCUCCAGCGAAAUCUGAUUCCCCCCUUCCUCUUGUACGGUGAUCCAAACCACAAGAUAGACUGGCUACGAGCCGCGUUCAAGCUGAACAGCACCGCAGCGAUUCUGCGCCCUUCUGCCGCGACCCGUAGCACCACCACCACCACCGCCAUGAUCAACAGUUUCGGCGCGUUUGGCGUGGUCUCAAGCAGCGUCAUACAGUCUGCAGCUCAGCAUCUGAGCAAACGCGCAAGUUUCCUCCCAACUCUCUGCUUGAGUGUGUCAGCUCGCACAGCGACGCAAUUGGCAUCUUUCAUCUCCCACUAUGCCGACGCUGUCGAGCGGUGCACCGCACCGCACGAUCUCGCCUCGCUCGCUCGUCGGACAGCUGGGCUCAUCUCUAGCGAAGACCCCUUCCGUUUCUCCAUCCCUGUAGCAGGUGAUCGUGGCCAAUUGAUCAGUACACUUCGGUCGACUGCAGCACAAGCUACACACAGCGGAUUUGAAAAGACCAUUGCACGAACAGUUGUAUUUGUCUUUGCUGGACAAGGUCGCGCGAUUGCCACAGAGGCGUGCCAGCUGCUCUGGUCCAGCAACGAAGCUAUAUUCUGCAGAGCUCUCCGUGAUUCGAGCAGUGUGCUCGGCUUCAACGUGAUCGAGCAUCUGUCCGACAAUCGCCCUUCCUUCCACCAGCCGACUGUCAUUGCUUUGCAGCUGGCUUUGGCUCGCCUUCUCGAGUCAUGGAACAUUCUCCCCGCCGUCGUACUAGGACACUCGCUCGGCUCGAUCUGUGCAGCGCAGAUGGCAGGUUUUCUCUCCAUUGACGAAGCGCUUCGCUUGGCGCAGAAGCGCGGGCAGCUUCUUGAAGCUCUCGUUGACGCGCCGGGCUCUAUGCUUGCUGCCAAGCUGGACCGCAAAGCUGCCUCAGACCUCUUGGAGGAGUUGGACCUACCUGGCGUAGUGAUUGCUGUCGAAAAUACUGCAAGAAGCAUGGUCUUCUCCGGUCCAGCAGAAAGUGUCCUCGACCUGCAGGCGGCUUUGACGCGACGAGGCUUCAAGACACGCAUUGUCAACGAUCGAUUUGCGUUCCACUCACCGCAAAUGGAACCCAUCUCGGAGCCUCUCGAAGCGUUUGUGGACGAGCUCUUGUGUGAGAGUCCGGAAAACUUCAAGCUGGCCACGUUUCCCUCCCUCAUUUCAGAUCACACUGGUGGCCAAAUUCCAAAGGGCACGCGCUUGGGCGGUGGCUACUGGGCGAGACAUGCUUGCGAAGCUGUGCACUUUGGAGCUGCGCUGGACACCGUCGCCUUGCAAGCUGAUGGCGCAACGCCCUUCUAUGUCGAGGUAAACGCCUUUGCAGCUGCUUUUGGUGGAUUCUUGAGCGAUUCCACGGCGGUGGUGGAUAAAACAGGAAAUAUCGCUCUCUCGAAUCUCCUCGCGCAAGCUUUCGGCGCUGGGGUUGACGUAGAUUGGAACGCAGUCCAUGCAAGCUCCCCUGCACCGCGCUCCGACGGACUUGCGCACCCCAUUCCGCUACGUCGCCAACGCUACUGGCCGUCCUUCGAAGUUACUUCUCCCACAUCUCUGCCUCAAGGCUCUGCAGUGGUCGCUAGACACGCCAUCUCUUCCCCUUCAUUAAAAUCAAUUCCAACCUUGCUCGUGCCGCACUAUGCAAGCCAAACGAUACCAUACGAAGCUGAAGCUGGAACGGUCAUUUUCGAAACGCCUAUGGGAACAUUUGGUGCUGCUGUCCUUCGUGGUCACCGUCUUUGUGGUCUGAUCGUAUUUCCCAUCGUAUUCAUGAUGGAAUAUGUUCUCAAAUGUUGUUCUAGGCAUGAACGGCUCUCUUCUGCGUCGACGUUGAGCAACCUGAAAUUCUUGCGGCCUGUGGCCGUAUCAGAUGCGGAGCUCGAGAGCGUGAGCUUGCGUCUCGAAGUGGAGGCGCACAGCACCUUCAGGCUGUUUGCGAGGCUACCUUCUCAAACGACGGCAUCUUUGGUCGUGAUGACGGGAGAGAUCGGUGGGCAAUUUGGCGUUGCGCCAGCUCAAGCACACGCGAAACAAUCGGACAUUGCCCCGGCUCUUCGAGCUCCCAUCGACGAGACUUUUUAUGCCGCACUGCGCGAAGGCUCGCCAUUCGACCUUUCAGGUCACUUUCAACGCAUUGCGCUCCGUCAGCGCCGGGGUGGUGACCUCAAUGUGACUUUUGGAGCAUCACUGUGCGAGCCUUCCUCUUGGAUGUUCGAUCCAGGAGCUAUGGAUGCCUGCAUGCACGCUUGUGCUUCGACGCAGCAGCGUCAUCUAAAGACCUUGCUACUGCCUAGCGCUUUGGAGCGCUUCUCCCUGAUUUUGCCUGGCGCAGAUUGGGGCGACACUCGGGCAACGGUUCGCCUUGUCGAUGAAAGACCGGUCGACUGGUUCGUCCACAAUGGUGAACAAACCAUCGCUGCUGCUCAAGGUCUACACUGCAUCGACGUGCCACUGCGUGUCAUCACAGCGAGCAUUUCAGACAAGGACAAGCGGAGAAAUGCAUCAUUUAGCCCACCUGCUGUUUCUCACUCACAAGUCGACUCUCUACCUGAGCGGUCGCUGCCGCCUUUCGACCACUUUGUUGCGCAGCGCACUUGGAAACCUGUGCGCUCACGCGCCCUCACUUCGGCUCGCACUACGCACAGCAGCUUUACGAUACUAGCAGAUGACGUUGAGCUUGCGAAAGAAUUACUCAAUCUUUCCGGCGCCGACGGGCGUGUCAUCACUAGCCGACAAGACGUCUAUGAGAAUCUCCGAUCUCAUCACUCUGUUGAGCUCAUUUCCAGCGCCGCAGACGACGUCGCCAUGAGCAAGGCCUUGUCGCGUAACGCUGGUAGCUCAAGCGGCAAGCAGGCGCUGAUAUGCGCCUGGCCGUUGAGCGUGAUCGAUGCAAGUCCCGAGUUGGCUAUGGAUCAUGUCGAUCUGAUAAGCGCAAGGCUGCUGUCAUUGAUGAAGGCACUUGUGAAUCAGACUUCUGCGUGGUCUGCCGUCGUCAUAACACGAGACGCGCUGCACGGUCAUGUCACCAGCCCUAGCGGCGUCAUCUCGAGUACUCUGCAUGGGAUGGUGUCUGGCUUUGCGAACGAACUGCGUGGCCGGACAACUUGCGUCGCUCUGGACACUUGCGCGCUCCUUCGGCCCGCGCAAAUAGCUUCUGCUACCGAAGAGAUACUGGCUCUGUCGGCGCAGAGCCUUCCGCCAGGACCUUUCCGAUACGAAAUCGUCGAUGGUGUUGUUCGAAGAUUGGCACCAAGCUUGGACAAGUAUCAGCCUGCUCAGAUCCAACACCGUUUGCCUUCUGAAGGCACUUGGGUGAUCACCGGUGCUUCGGGGACCAUUAUGACGGUUAUAUUACCCUGGCUCGUCAAAUCUCAGAGAAUACAGCAGGUUGCUAUAUUUGGUAGGCGCAAACAAGAUCCAAAUUAUUUGGCUGAUGUUCGGAAGCGCUUGCCUGCGGAUGUGCAAGUGCAUUACGAAACCGUCGACCUGCACAGCAGCUUUAGCGUGUCGAACGCAAUGAAACGAGUGCCUGGUACCGUCAAAGGCAUCGUGCACGCUGCCGGAGUGACUCGACCUGCCCUAGUUCGCGUGCAGUCGCGCGAGGCGUACGAUGAAGUCUUCGCACCGAAAGUGAAGGGUGCCUGGAACUUGCACCAGCACGCCCCGAGUACUCUUGAACAUUUUGUCCUCUUCUCUACCUUUGCCACCGUGAAUGUGUUCCCUGCUAUGACGAACUACCUUGCUGCCAACUUCUUCUUGAACUCGCUUGCAAGUUUCAGGCGGACUCAAGGUCUGCCCGCCAUGGCUAUCGGAUUUGGGUCUUGGCCCGGCUCACCUAUGCUGGAUGGUUUGAGCCCUGCUCUGAACGCCGAAUGCCCGCCGCUCGUUGACACCAAGGCGUACAGGGAAAUCGAAAAGUUGAUGCUAAUGGAAAGUCCGCCUGCAAUGCUUUACCUCGCCACACUCGCUCAUGAUAUGGUAGAUGACCCACACAGCAAAUACAGGCUUGAUCCACAAUGGAGACAUCUGCUCGAUUCAUUAGCAAGCCAGCGAUCUGCUUCUUCCCCUCGCCUCCCUGCCGCCGCUUCCACAAUCGUCGACGACUUCACAGGUGCUCUUGCAGAAUUGCCUGCAUCGCUGGUGCAGUCUGGUACUGUCGCUGUGCAAAUGCAAGAACCAGCAAUACCGUCACCUCCCGCGCCGCCCGCGGCAAACGGCCUUUCGACGUCCGCCUCCCCAUCCCCACGGCUGCUGGAGGAGGAAAGCGACUUGGAAGCUCCUGCGCGUAUUGCCCCAGGUGCGGAUCCUCGUCAUGUCGCGCGCGAUAUCAAGGAGCUCGUGCUGCACAUCUUUGGCUUCCACGACGAUCAUGCGCGGGAGGAGUUUCGAGAUGACCAGCGACUGGAAACGUACGGUUGGGACUCCUUGUACCACCUCGAACUGACCAGCCAGGUCAAAGAGAAGCUCGGCAUCGAGCUGCCCGAGUCUCUCGACACGGGUAUGGCCACGUUGCAGGAGAUAUGCGCAGUAGCGGCAGAUGCGCUCAUCGCGGUGAAUCACAAGCCUUGAGGGCCACGCACGCCCCCUCGAUCGAGAUCUCUCUGAUGCGCGCAGGCGAAUUUCCCGCGGGCAGGAGGAAAGCUGCUCAAGACACCAACCAUGCACUCACGACCAUGCUCCGACAUGGCCUUUCUCCUCCCACGCAAAUUCCAAGCCACGCGCCCCGAUCAUGGUCGCGCGAGAUGGGCGGGAGCAUUCAAGAUUGUCUGCACAAUCAAAUCAUCGCAGAUUCGUGAUUGCUUUGAGCCGUUCUGAUUCGAUCUCUUCUGCUGCACACUCCGGAUCUUUUGGCGCGAGAUGGCCUUGCAUGGCUGCAACAGCUCGCGCCGCUCCUGCUGGCUGCAUCCAUCAUUACUGCGCGCGGUCAGGAAUACAGGGGGCCUUCUCCAUGCUGCAGCACUCGAAAUGCCCCGGCGAAAAGUCGAUACGGCUCGCGGCGCCCAGCAGCACAAAAUGAAAGUGGCAUGCAUGCAUGCACGCAUGCAUGUUGUUACGGCG